UUCCUCGUCAGCAAAAUACCAAAACCCCAGCCAGCUUUCCCUUCCGAUUUCGAGAACCCAAAACGCCAAACGACAGCGUUUCAAUCGCCUUCAACGUCUCUAUUUUCGCUCUGGGGGAAAGAGAGAGUUCAUCAAGAAUGGCGGCGUUUAUGAGUAUGGGAGAAGCACACAGGCGAAUCACAGAGUACCUAAACCGCUUCAGCGACGCCGUUUCGUCUCAAGACGGCAAAUCCCUCAGCCGACUCUUCUUCAUAUCCUCCAAUUCCUCCUUCCUCCUCUCUCUAUCCGAUGCUCUCAACACAUUCCAGGAUGCUAGUAGAGUGAUUAGACAAUCAGAGUGUUCUCAGUAUUCAGACCUACUGCUUCCUUUAUUCCGUGCUUUCCAGAGUUAUAAACUUAAUAAUUUGGUCGAGACGUACCAGGCUUUUGAGAAAUCUGCCAAUUCAUUUAUUCAAGAGUUCCGCAACUGGGAAUCAGCCUGGGCUUUGGAAGCACUUUAUACUGUAGCAUAUGAAAUUAGAAUUCUUGCUGAAAGGGCGGAUAGAGAGUUGGCUUCCAUGGGAAAAACCCCCGAGAAAUUGAAAGGGGCUGGGUCAUUCCUCAUGAAAGUGUUUGGGGCACUUGCGAGUAAAGGGCCCAAACGAGUUGGAGCAUUAUAUGUGACAUGCCAGCUUUUUAAAAUUUAUUUCAAGCUUGGAACAGUACACUUGUGUAAAAGUGUAACGAGAAGUAUUGAAACUGCUCGGAUUUUCGAUUUUGAGGAAUUUCCUCUCAGGGAUAAGGUCACUUACAUGUACUACACGGGUCGUUUGGAGGUCUACAACGAAAACUUUCCCACUGCUGAUCAAAAGUUGUCAUAUGCCCUAGCACACUGCGAUCCUCAAAAAGAGGGAAAUGUAAGGAUGAUACUAAAAUAUCUGAUACCUGUGAAGCUUUCAAUAGGAAUUUUACCUAAAAGUUUACUCCUCGAGAAGUAUAAUCUGAAUGAGUACAGUAACAUCGUGCUUGCUCUCAGAAGGGGUGAUCUCCGGCUUCUUCGAAGUGCUCUACAGGAGCAUGAAGACCAGUUCUUGAGGUCUGGUGUUUAUCUUGUCUUGGAGAAGCUAGAGCUUCAAGUUUAUCAGAGGUUAAUGAAGAAGAUCUACAUCAUACAAAAGCAAAAGGAUCCGAAUAAAGCUCACCAAAUUAAGCUAGAUUUAAUUGUAAAAGCCCUGAAGUGGCUUGAAAUGGACAUGGAUGUGGAUGAGGUAGAAUGCAUAAUGUCCAUUCUAAUCUAUAAAAAUCUUAUGAAAGGCUAUUUUGCUCAUAAGAGCAAAGUGGUAGUUUUGAGCAAGCAAGAUCCCUUCCCCAAAUGGACAGGUAAACCAGGCAAUUUAUAGAGAGAUGUAGUUGCUACCAGUGCAGAUCGAGUCCCAAGAAGUUAUGGCACUAGUUGGAAAUAACCAAUCGCGUUCCUCCUGAGCAACAGCAUCAUUAUGCAAAAGCCAUUCUGCAAGGAAUAUUGGAGAUCCCUUUGUGGAAAAGGCCAUUCUGACAUGAAAUUGAUUGUAGUUGUAACUUGUAAACAUACCAUGCUAUAUUGCUUCAUUUUUGUUUGUCUUCACAUGAAACAUUUCCUAUGUUCCCAAGUGGCUAUUUCUAUCCUUUGUGAUUGCUUUCUUUAA